AUGAAUAAAUCAAAAACUAAAUCGCCUCCUCCAGGAAAACAACAAUAAAGUUUAUCUGCUGAACCUAAAGAAACCAAAAAACUUAGAACAGCUUUAGAUUAUUCAUUUAAAGAGAUAAAGAAACUCGAAGGUAUAUUUUGUAACUACUAUUAUGAAAGAAUUAAAAAAUAAAGAAGUAAAACCAAGAGAAGGUGAGUAAUGGAUAUUUAAGGAGUAAAAGAAGUAAGAAAACUAAGAAGUAAAAAAUGAUACUCCAAAAGAACAAGUGCUAAAAUAAUAAUAAUCAUUACCUGAAGAAACAGAACCAGUUUAGCCAUAAUAGCAAUAACCAUAAAAAUAACAAGAUAAUAAAAAAGGCAAUGCACCAUAACCCCCACCUAAUUAAUUAAUUCCAUAAACUAAUCUUGCAACAUAAUUAAUUACUUUAUAAAAUAUACCUUUAAAUGGAAAAAUAAUAGGUGGUAAAUUAUAGGAAAACAAAAAUCAAAAUUAGCAAUCAAAGUUUAAACCUGAAUUAUAUUGUUAAUCAUUAAUCUUAUGUUAAAAUAAAUUAACAAGUCUCAGUGGAUUUUAUCAAGUGAUGCAAACUGUAAUGCCUAAUGUAGAAUUACUUAGAUGGAUAGAUUUAUCAUAUAAUCAAUUGACCACUUUAGAUUAUAAUUUCAAAGAAUUACCUCAUUUAUAAUCAUUAUAUCUCAACUUUAAUUUAAUAAAGGAUAUCAAUGAAUUAAAAUAAGUAUUAAAUUUUAUAUAUGUAUAUAGUUAUCACAUCUGCAAGAACUCAGAUCUCUUAAGAUAUAUGGAAAUCAAAUUGAGUAAAUUAUCAACUUUAGAUUGUACAUAAUUGAUGUACUUCCAUAAUUAAAAAGAAUAGAUUCUGUGUUAAUUAGUAAAAAAGUAUUUUUUACAUACAUUCUAUUAUAGGAAAGAGAUAAUUCAUCUAUGAUAGUCAAAGUUUUUGAUUUUAAACCUUAAAUGAAAGCUUAAGCUGAUAAAGAUAAAUUGCUAUUGCAAUAAACCUAAAUUACAUUAUAAAAGUCAAAGUCUUAACCUAAAAAGAAAAAAUGA